CGCGGGAGCCGAAGUCUCGCGGGAGCCAUCUCCCGCGGAGGAGGCCCACGCCGGGCGGAGCCAACGCACUACGGGCGGUGCGUCAGUCGGCGUGCGAAGGGACGCGUGCUCCCGAGGCGGUGGACUGGCGCCAUGUUCCUGACCGCGGUCCUGCGCCGCAAUCGCAUCCCUGGCCGGCAGUGGAUCGGAAAGCAUCGGCGGCCGCGCUCCGUGUCCUUCCAGGCGAAGCAGAGCACUAUCCGCCGCCUGGAGACGGAGGCGGAGAACCACUACUGGCUGAGCGCUCCCUUUCUUAGCGCCGCGCAAGAGUUCGGGCACGCCGCGGCCCGCAGGGCGGCCGCCUUCCAGGCCAUCAAGGCGGCCCAGGAGGUCAAGUUCCCGCCGCACCGGCGGCUCGUCGACCAGCUCAACCACCUCAAUGUCACCAAGAAGUGGUCCUAACGACCGCGCCCUGGAACCGGGAGCGUUAGAGACUGUGACCGCCAGGAAACUCGGCUUGGCGCGGUCAACAAUACAGAUGACAUACUGUAGUGUAGUAUACCUGAAACCUGUAUAAUUUUAUUAACCAAUGUCACCCAAUAAGUUCAAUUUUAAAAAGUGACCUUUGGACCAGAGUCGUGAGCAGAGCGUUCAGAACAUCCGGUCUUCAAGCUCCAGCUUCUCUCUCGUGUUUCUGUUUCUUCACCCGGGUUAUAGUGAUGUAAGAUGCAUUUUGGGUGAACCUGCGAUGAAACUGCAAACUAAUGGUUUGAAGUCUGUAUAUGUGACAUCCAGUGGGUUGCCUAACGUAAAUGAAAACAAGCUUUGUCAGUCAAAUAUAUUCCUAAAAAUGUCUUUUUUUCCUUCUACCAACAGUGGAGAUUAAAAUGAAGUAAAACGGUU